AUGUCUCUGAUGUCAGAGAUAGAUUUCGAAACCGUAAGCGUACCAGUGCGUCCUCUCUGGGUUCGUCUGCAAGGAGGCAAGCGACCUCUGGUGGCGGGUCAGAGCACUGAACUAGUCUGUCAAUCCGUCGGCGCUAGACCGAAGCCAACUAUAUCCUGGUGGAAGGGAGGUACCAGACUGAAGACUGUUAGAGAAACUACGUCAGGUGACGGCAAUAUGACCAGCAGUAUACUGACCUUCGUGCCGAGCAUCGAUGACGCGGGCAGAGUGCUGUCCUGCAGGGCAGUUCAGCCAUCCCUACCGCACUCCACGCACGAAGACGGUUGGAAGAUGGAAAUACAACAUUUACCAGUAGUCAAACUGGAACUUGGCGCCAAUUUGGACGCGAGUAAAGUUGUGGAGGGGUCAGACGUAUAUCUAGAUUGCAGGGUGCGCGCAAACCCUUGGCAUACACAUGUAUACUUUACACACAAUGGUGCUGUAGUGAAACCAGGUCCAGGAGUUCUCCUGGCCAAUCAGAGUUUGGUUUUGCAGCACGUGUCUAGAAAGGCGGCCGGAGCGUAUGUAUGCUCGGCAAGAAACAUACUCGGUGAAGGGUCCAGUGAUAAUCUGAUGCUAGAUGUCAAGUAUUCACCUACUUGCAAAUCUUCACAACCAAUAGUGUUAAGAGCUGCCAGAGGGGAGUUGAUCGACAUAGAAUGUGACCUGGAUGCUAACCCUAAGAUCGACCUCUUCGAUUCCAUCUAUGGGGAAGGUCUGAGCCCCAGCAGUGAGGACGUUGAUAAAGUAAUCAUGAUAGUGAUAAUAUCAAUAGAUAGACCAUUAUUAUUCCAUGCGGAGAGCUUCCGUGAGAAGAACACUUUACAAUAUUUAAAGAAAAGGAAAAGGAAAAUUUGGACAAUACCAACUUUCAUCGUCAAGUCAUUGAGCCACCGUUGCACAAAUCUUGUGGCGAAUCCCUUACCGUCUAAUGAUGAAACUCUAGAGAUUCGCGAAUCGAUGUUGUAUCAUUGGUGGUUCAACAGUUCAGCGCACUCCAAGCAUGAGCUCACAACUUCAUCAUCUACAACCAAUCAAAACAAUCCAGGAAUGUUCACGUACAUGGUGAAUACGUCAUCAGACUACGGGUGGGUCCAGUGCUCCGGUACCAAUAGUGUUGGUAGACAGACAAAAGCUUGCCUGUUCCACAUAUUGCCUGCUGACAAACCAUCGUCAGUGAAAGCGUGCGAAAUCACAAACGUCACUUACGACUCUCUCACACUAAACUGCACUCCUGGCCACGACGGCGGUAUACGACAGGCUUUCCUUCUACAGGUAUUCGACAUGGCGACGGGUCUCUUACUCCGUAAUAUAAGCAAUGAGGUACCAGAGUUCGAAGUGUCAGGGUUGUCAGCGAGCGUGUCGCUCGCUGUAUCAGUUAGAGCAUUUAAUAAGAAAGGCUCCAGUGAACCGCUGACACUCACGUCUAGUCUGCUCAAAUAUCCGCAAAGACACACAGAUUCCAUAGAGGAGCAAUCGGAUCAAAAUUCCAGGAAACACCUUCAAAGCAAUUCCACACAAGUGCCGGUGAAGGUGGAAUUGACGACAGUGCUCAUAAUCGUAUUAAUAAUAGUGGGUGUGAUUGCCGCUAUGACUGCUAUAUCGGCCACCGUGUUCUGCUGUCGAUACUGCAAUAAAAGAAAUAAUAAAAAUGAAAAAGAUAAAAGGCAUCAAGAUGAAACUUCAAAUAUACCACUGACUGGCAACAAGGAGACUGAAAGCGUCGAUAGCUUAGAUAAAAACCCAGACAUUAUUCCGCUUGAUGGGAAAAUAAGUGACAGUUGUUCGAAUAAAUCUUCCACCACAGACUACAGUUCAAUACGACCGCUUAUAUCUAAAACUAUAAACGACAAAUACGACAUACCACCUAACUGCGACAGAUUUUAUGACCACUCCAUAGACUCUUGCAACCAAUACAUACAAGUGAGGCCAAUAGAGUAUAGAGUUAGGCCAACUUACCAGCCCGGCUUGGCGCCAAUGGCAAAUUUGGGCCCUAGUAUACAGAGUCUUGGGCCAAUCAGCAGUUUGGGUCAUGUGCCCAAUGUUGGUCCAAACGAAUGCCACAGACCUUACGAUAAGGUGUAUGAAGACUGGUUGAAGUAUAAAAAUGCCUUGCCGCUAAAUACAAGUGGAUUGUUACCAGCUGAGCAACUUAUGCCGCCUGAGCUAUAUGCGUCUCCGCCAACCCUCUACAGUAAUCCAAGAAAUCCUCUCAACCUGGCACAAAUGCCAGACAUAGACACGAGGUACCAUUUGGAGUCUAGAUUAGAUUCCAGGAGUUGUUCCAACUCUCCCCCAGUGAGGUUCAACACGGACAACAACACGGUCUACUUUAGCAAACCUGUGCUGGAUAGGCCGACAAAUACGUUACCCCAUUUAAAAAGUAGGUUAAAUGGUAACACGUCGAAUCAGAGUGAUAUCAAAACUAGUGCAACAAAAUCCACUGACACCAGUAUGGAACAUACCGCAAUGUCUACUCAAGACUGUGGGUGAAAGUGUGAAAGUGAGGUUUGACUUUAAAAUUGUAAGUGUACUUUGACUUUGCAAUGUAAAAUAUAUACAAAGUGUAAAGCAACAAAGUGUUAACCGUCCGAAGAAGUUUUUAUAAGUGA